AUGGAGAAAAAAUGGACAUACCGUGCUGUCUAUUCCAUCAUCCAGAUACAUUUUGUCAGGGGGAUAUGGGAAGGAAAAUUCAACGCAGGAGAAGACAUUUAUGCUUUACCUGGCUCUGAUGUCAAUCUGACCUGCCAAACCCAGAAGAAAGGCAUCUUGGUGCAAAUGCAAUGGUCCAAGGUCACCAAAAAGGUGGACCUCAUUGCCCUUUAUCACCCCCAAUAUGGCUUCCACUGUGCCAGUGGGGUUCCCUGUAAGUCACUGGUGACUUUCACAGAAACUCCUGGGAAUGUGUCAACAUGGACUCUGCACUUAAGGAACAUGUCCUCCUCACUCAGUGGGAAGUAUGAGUGCAGCUUUAUUUUUUACCCACAAGGCAGUCAGACUAAAAUCUACAACCUUCUCAUUCAGGAAAAUGUUAUACAGGAAGAAUGGAGAAGCAACAAUACAAUAGAAAUAGAGAUAAAUCAGACUCUGGAAAUACCAUGCCUUCAAAAUAUCUCCUCGGAAAUUUCAUCUGAGUUCACCUUCGCAUGGUUGGUGGAAGAUAAUGGAACUCAGGAAACACUUUUCACCCAGGAUCACCCCAUCAGCAAAGCCACAUUAUUUAAAGACAGAGUCAAACUAGGUGCAGACUAUGGGCUUUACCUCUCUCCAGUCCAAAUCCACGAUGAUGACCGGAAGUUCUCUUGCCACGUUACAGUCAGGCCUGGCAAAAUCCUGAGGAGCUCCACCAGGGUCAAGGUUUUUGCUAAGCCAGAAAUCCCCAUGAUUAUGGAAAAUAACUCCAUGGAUGUCUUGGGAGAGAGAACAUUUACCUGCUCACUGAGGAAUGUAUUUCCUACAGCAAAUCUCACAUGGUUUAUAGAGAGAAGUUUUCCUCAAGGUGAAAGAGAAGAAAUAUACAUUGCAAAUGAAGAAAGAAAAGACAAAAGUGGAUUUUUGAAUGUAAAGUCUGUUUUCACAAGGGUGUAUGGCAAUGAACCAGCCCAAUCAAACAACCUGACCAUAUGGUGUAUGGCUCAGACUCCAGUGCCUGGAAAUAAAGUGUGGAAUAUCUCAUCUGAAAAGAUCACUUUUUCCUUGGGCUCAGUAAACCCUCCGACAGAUCCUGCACUUGGUAUUACAGAAUCUACCCUUGGCACCCAACCUUCUCCGGCCAACAACAGAUCUCCCACAGGAUAUCUAGCUACAUCUUCAAUGGCCCCUGUAGAUGUGAGCACACUGACUCCAAACAACACGCCUCAAACAAGCAAUUCCAGUGUGACUACCCAAGGCUUCAACUACUCCUGGACCUCCAGUGGGAAAGAUAUCAAAAACUCAGCUUCAUGGAUGCCCAGUGAAACAUACAGUUCAUUCCCCUCAGGUGCGGGCUCAACACUUCAUGGUGAUGACUUCAUCAGGACAACUGAAGAAUUUCCAGAAGUUCCCACAACUGCCAAUAGAUCUACUAAAAAUAAUGACAUCCAUAUCACUGGUAUUGUGGUUAAUAAGCCCAAAGAUGGAAUGUCCUGGCCAGUGAUGGUAGCAGCUUUGCUCUUUUUCUGCCUGGUAUCAUUUGGUCUUGGAGUGAGAAAAUGGUGUCAGUACCAACAAGAAAUCAUGGAAAGACCCCCAUCUUUCAAGCCGCCUCCCCCUCCCAUCAAGUACACUUGCAUUCAAGAGUCCAUUGGAAGUGAUCUACCCUGUCACGAGAUGGAAGCACUCUAACCCUUUGAGACUUUGCCAUACAAUGAAA